AUGCAUUCGACUCCGGUUUUCACCAUAACCUUGUGGUUAGUGGUACUGAAUAUAUGCUGCUAUGCGCAACAAACUGCAGACCAGGGAGCAAAUGCAAAAACAAAACAAAUUCUGGCUUACAUCACCGAUCUACCAAAACAAGGUAAAAUGCUCUCCGGGCAAUUUGCUGGUUAUAGUCCUGAUACAUUCAACGCCCAACAAAUUGACGAAAUUGCUGGACAAACUGACCAAGUACCAGCCAUUCUUGGUUGCGAUUAUGCUUGUGGUUGGAAUUUCAAAACUCCACCAGAGAAUAUUAUUGAUUAUACAUGUAACCCAACACUGAAGGAACAUUGGAAUGAAGGUGGUCUCGUUACCGUUAGCAUGCAUCUACCCAAUCCAGUUUCAAGUAAUGGUGGUGGUUAUAAAGAUAGAUGGAAUUUGAAUUAUGCGGAUUUGACAAACUCCAAUAGUGAAACAAGUCAUCGAUGGCGUCUAUUUCUCGAUCGAAUAGCCCAAGGUUUAGAUGAUUUGCAACGAGCUGGUGUUACAGUUUUGUUUCGUCCACUUCACGAAAUGAAUGGAGAUUGGUUCUACUGGUGCAAUCAAAAUCCCGACACAUUUAAGCAUGUUUGGAGAGACAUGUUCAUUUAUUUAACAAAUGUAAAAAAUAUACAUAAUGCUCUCUGGGUGUAUUCGCCUGAUCAAAGUCGAAGUGAACCGUCGAAAUACUAUCCAGGUGAUGCCUAUGUUGAUAUAGUUGCACUCGAUGUUUACACAGAUGAUCCACAUUCAAUGAAGGGAUAUCAAGAGAUGAUAGGUUUGAAUAAGCCAUUUGCAUUAGGAGAAGUUGGACCACAAACAACUAACGGUCAAUUCGAUUAUACUCGAUGGUUAUCAGCGGUUCAAUCAGUAUUUCCUCGAGUUGCGUAUUUCUUAGCUUGGAACGAUGGCUGGUCACCAAUCCGCAAUCGAAAUGCUUUUGCUUUUCUCAACAGUCCACAAAUCAUCAAUCGCGGACAAAUAACUGUUAACGGUGGAACAAAUACCGGUUCUAGCUCUGGUACAUCAUCGUCAUCAAACACAGUUCUUUACAAUUUCUCCAAUGGUGUUAGUGAAUGGAAAGGAUUCAAUGUCAUCGGUGGACCAUGGCAAUCCAAUGAAUUCAUGGUAAAAUCAACCGAGAGCUUGAAAGCUGACAUACAAUUAUCAGCAGGUGGUCGUUAUGUUUUGUAUACUCAAGAAAAAUCAACAUUUAAUCUCAGUGGACGAAAGAAAUUAACUGCUCAAACACGUGUUGCUUCGUGGGGUUUCUCCAACAAUGGCAAAAUCAGUGCGAAACUCUAUAUCAAAGCAGGUUCAGCAUGGAAAUGGUACGAUUCCGGUGAAGUUGAGCUGAAUAGCAAUUCUGCCACAACAUUAUCGCUGAAUCUAAAUCAAAUCUUCUCUGGAGAACUAAACGAUAUUCAAGAAAUCGGCGUUGAAUACUCAUCGAAUGCAUACGGUUCUAAUACUGCUAUUUAUCUAUCAUACAUUUUAGUUGAAUAA